AUGAAUUGCUGCAACUUCAAGAGCACAGGCGUUGAGCCUGUGCGGGUGUUCUUUCCCUCGGAGAAAGACACCACAGAAAUGACUCUCAGCAAGGGACCCGUUUAUACGAGUCUCUUCGAUGUCACCAUCACCCGGCCGGGUUAUUACGCCCUCUCCGUCUCGAAUACCACUGAGGCGAGCGAACCGUUGUGGGAUGCCCUUUUCUUGGGGCUGGCGAACAUGCGUUUGGAGUGUCAAUACACCUUGGAGCCUCCGACAGAUCCCUCAGCGGAGGCGCCUUCCUGGUCUCCUGCAGCAGGAGCAAUGAUGCGUUCUUCUGUCUCGGGGCUUAUGCGUCUUGUGAGUGAAAAGAAUAGAAAUAUUGAAAGAGAGGGCCCCGCAGCCUUCUCUUUCCCCUCCAUAACGGAUGACUUCGACGGAACCCCCCAGAUACCCCAGGACUCCUUUUAUUCACGGCAGCGCGCACCUGAUGGUCUUGCUGCUGCUCCUGCUGCUCCUGUUGCUGCUCCUGAUCCUGCCGCGGUCCCUGCUGCUCCUGAUCCUGCUGCGAUUCCUGCUGCUCCUGAUCCUACUGCGGUCCCUGCAGCUCCUGCUGAUGAUCCUGCUGCUCCUCCGGGUGCUGCUGCGGGUGUUGCUGCUGCUGCUGCUGCUCCCCCUCCUCCUGCUGCUCCUACUGAAGCAUUCCCCUUUUGCUUGGGGAUGGAUCUAGGGGAGGCAUCACAGGAGAAGAUGAAGGAAGAAGAUGGUUGGGCGUUUAGACGGUCUACGACGGAGGUAUUGACUGAGGCCCUCAAGGGUUUAGACGAGAGUUUAGGGUCUGUCUUAGUAAACGGGAAUGAAACGGAGGGCAUAGAGCCGCUUUAUGACACAGGAGAGAUAGCAGCUAAGAACGCUGCGCAACAGCAAGACAACAGGGAAAUGAAGGGAGUGUCUCUACAGGGUCUUUUCUUUGGGGUAUCCCCCGGAGACGGUGGAGCGCUGCAAAUGCCUUUAGCUGACACUGCUUUUGAGAUUGCCUUGAAGGAAGAGCAGCCAGAGGAGAUUAUCCCUGUGGUCUUGCAGGAGAGGCUUGAGGGGAAUAGUAACGACCCGAUGUGGGUGGAGGGGGAGGCGAGUAGGGAGACACCAACAACAGCAGCAGCUGUUGCUGCAGCAGCUGCUGCUGCUGCUGCAGCAACAGCAAGGCCUUCGGCUGCUCUCCCCGUCCUGCUUCGUCCCCGAGAGAGUUUGUCUCCUGCAGUGGCCGUUGAACAGGAGACAGAGAAGAAGGAUGCAGCAGCAGCACCAGCAGCAACAGGAUCAGGCAGCGCGGUGUCAGUUGAGAGAGAUCCAUCAGAGAGAAGUACUGUGGGGUACGAGAGUAGCACGCGAGACCGCCCUAAAGAUACAGACACUUCGUUUAGUGAAGGAGGCAACACGAUUGGGGCUUUGCAUCGUGAGGAGCCGCUGCAUGCAGCAGCAGAGCCUCAGGGUGUCUUUACAGGAGGACGGCCAGAGGGAGCGGAAGAACAGAAUGCAACAGACAGAGACUUUUCGGUGUCUCCAGAGGAGAUCUCACGAGACAAGAGAAGUGGAGGGUGCAGAAGUGCAGCUACAGAGGGCAGCCCUUCCCCAACCAAAUUGUAUGCAAGAGCUUUGUCUCUUCCUUCCCUGCAUUCGCGGUUGCUGCAAAUGACAGCAGCAGGUUCAGCUGACUGGGGAAGUUUAGAUUUGCUGCGUAUGUUGGGGGCUCUGCCGGAUGGGCUGCUGCCUGAGGAGGAGGCGGAAGAGCUGCGAGAAGAUGUUUUGUUCUAUGAAGCCGACGGUCAUUACACGGAGACAGGAGAAGAGUACUGCAUGCCCCUUGGAGAGCAGCAGCAACUCGUCAAGCUCCUACCCAGCAACCUCGUCUCUGUCAGAGCCAACAGCAGAAAAUUCUCCUUCCUCUUCGUUCCUUCGGCUGGCAGUCACCUCUUCAUUGAUUUGAGGGCCAGCCUCUCUUUAGGGAUGUCUCUUAGCGCCACCCUCGAGUUGGUGUACUGCGGAGCUCCGUCUUCUCCUCUGUACAAGGAGCUUCCGAGUUUCUACAGCCAAACAGACAGGAAGUGCGUCUUGUCUUUAGACGGGGCUGGGCUGUACGCAGCAGUGGGGCAGCUGGUAAUGCUGCGGCAGCUAGAGAAGGAAGUUCGCUUUCUUAUGGGGGACCGCCGCCUCAACGUGGCGAGCUGCUUUGACUUCAUCGUAGGCACGGGGACCGGAGGCCUAUUGGCUCUGGCGUUGCUUCGGGGGUUUUCAGUGGUUCGUCUGCUGCGAGAAUGGGCAGGGGUGGGGGGAAAGGACUCAGAUGGAUUGGCCCCCGACUGGAGGAGUUCUUUCUUUAUGCAGCUCAUUGCAGCGUCUCAGCCUCAGUUCAACUUGGUAAUGGUAUUAGAAACAGAGCCUCCAAUUGAUAUGAAGACACCUUAA